AUGACUUUAUUCAGUGAAAGAAAUCAUAAUAAAUAUAAGAUACAGAACAUUAAGUUUUUAGAAGCAUCUGAAGCUUCUGACAGAGUUAAACCAUAAACUGUUCAUUAAACUGCAACGUAGAGGAAGAUAAUCUGAUAUUACAUUAUUGGUAUUCUCAUCGGUCUAUGCAAGUUAAGUCUGGAGAUUUCUGAACCUUUUUCUGUUUCUAAUGGAAACAGUUUUUUUAACUCAUACCUUCAUGAUUGUUCUGUUGAACUUAAAGAUUGUGAUACUGGCUGUUAGGUGGGCAGCCAUUUUGUAAAUCAUUUCAUGUACGGUAAAGGCGAUCUGGUCCUUCAGGCUCCCUGCAGCGCUGGCUUACAGCGGGAACCCGGACUGGCUUCACAUGUUUAAUCCCAAACAGAUUGUUGAUCCUGCUAGGAGGAUCAGAAGAUGAAUUCUUUUUUGUUAUGUAGCAAAUCAAGUCUUGAGUUUGGUGACUAAUAUAUCUGUCAUAUGCUGAGGAGUGAUCUCUGUGAUGAUGUGAAGCAACACUGUGUAAGUUGUACAUUAAAGUUUCCCUUUUUAUUGCGCCUCAUUUCAUCCAGUUCAGCUGUAACCUGAGGUGGAGUCUCCAAGAUCCGGAGGAUCCAGAGGAUCCAGAGGAUCCCAUCUGGACGGAGUCACAGCGGAGGCAGACCAAGGCUUAGUUUUUGGUUUAGUUUUUAGUGUGGUUUAGUUAGUUUGGUUUAGUUUUUAGUGUGGUUUAGUUAGUGUGGUUUAGUUUUUAGUGUGGUUUAGUUAGUGUGGUUUAGUUAGUUUGGUUUAGUUUUUAGUGUGGUUUAGUUUGAUGUAACCAUCUCAGAAGUUUUACCUGCUUUAAAAAAUAACAGGGAACUAAAUCAGGGUUUCCAUAUUUUUCUGAAAUGUUUCUUCUGUCUUCUCCGCCUUUCCAGGUUUGGUCAGAAGCUGCCGAGCGCAUGCAGCUCAGGUCUAUUCCACGGCUCCCCGUGACCCCGUGACCCCGCUGCUGAUGCAGCUGAAAUGGGACUCCAUGUUUCCACCAGAACAAAAGGCCGCCACGCUGCGCGGCACAAACAGCUCUGGGACAAAGCAGGCCGUGUUUCCAGAACUCCGUCUCCCCAUAAAUCCCCGGAGGCGAGCCGCCAUGGGGGGUUUGACCGAGGAAGCCGCCAAGCGCCAUGCCUCUGCCCCGACGCCACUCUUCCUUCCUGGGACAGUCGUCCUCCGAGCGCCCGGCCGCCGCCUCCGGCGGGAGGACAAGCGCAGCCGGCGCAACGAUGCCCCGCGGCACGCCGGUGGGGCCGGGAGCCACCAGCGGCCUGGGGACGCGCAUUUCCCGCCGGGCUCUGGGUAUCAGCAGCGUGUUCCUGCAGGGGAUGAGGAGCUGCACCGCGCCGGUGCUGCCCCGGGCUGGGGACCGGACCGCGGGCGGCGGCACCACGGGCCUGAACAGCUGCCUGAUAGAGUACCGGGACAAAGUCCGGGCUCUGGAGGAGCUGAACCGGCAGCUGGAGCAACAGAUCCGCCUCAGCCUGGACCGCAAGGCAGCCAGCGCCGGCGCCUGGGGGCCGCUGCGCAGGGAGUGGGAGGACAUCUACCGGCAGGUCAGUGAAGCCAUCCUGGAAAACGCUCGGCUGAUGCUGCAGACGGAGAACGUUCAGGCCAACGCUGAAGACUUUAGAGAAAGGCUGGACAGCGAGGCGUCCCUCAGGACGGUGGUGGAGGACGAGGUCGGCUCGCUCCGCCGGGUGAUGGAGGAGGCGGCCGUGACAAAGGUGGAGCUCGAGGAGCGGAUGGAGAGCAUGAGGGCGGAGCUACUGCACCUGGAGAGCCGCCAUGAGCAGGACGUCCGCGCCCUAUACAGCCGGACCGCUGGAUGGGAUGUGGACGAACCAGACACUCCCGUGGAAACGGGUCUGGACCGGAUCCUGGCCCACAUCCGGACCCACUGGGAGCAGCUGACGGAGCGGAACCGGGCCGACACUGACGGCUACCUGGAGUCCAAGGAGGCGCCGUGCGCAGCCAGCCGUCUGAGUGCGGAGGAGCAGCAGGCGGAGGCGCUGAAGGCGGAGUGCAGCGACGUGAGCUGCAGGAUCCAGAGUCUCCAGGCUGAGACCGAGUCCAUCAGGGCUCUGAAACGAGGCCUGGAGAACUCGCUGAGCGACGCCCGCCACUGGCACGAUGUGGAGCUGCAGAACCUGGGCUCAGUGGUGGCGCGGCUGGAGGCGGAGCUUAGCGACGUGCGGAGCGAGAUCGAGCAGCAGCGCCGCGACUUCGACAUGUUGCUAAGCAACCGGCAGCGGCUGGAGCAGCAGAUCGGCCUGUACCACGGCAUCCUGGACGGAGAGGAGGACCGCUUCCUGCCGAGCAACGCGCAGUCGUGUUGUGCUGCAGACUCCAGGCCUGAAGCUCCACCCCCUGCAGAACCUUCUGGACCGGCAGGCCCUCCGGCCCAGUGAAGACUCCGGGUCCGGUACCACUGGAUUAGGGGACCGGGUCGUUAAGCCAUCAGAACCACCCAGUUGGACCAGACGAACAUCUACAACAUGUAGGACGACCAGAACCGCUGGAGAAAAAAAUGGAUCUAGUUCUGAUCGGGUCCAGGUGGGACUGAUCCGACACAGUCGGGCUGAGAUGCAGUGUGAGUGUGAUGAGUUCAAGGACCGAUUUGGACCUCACAGUUCUGGUUCUGGUUCCACUCCAGACUGGAGUCCUCCUGUACCGACCAACAUUUCCUGUUUGUUGUUUUCAAAAUAAAAUUGACUGAAGGUGAA